UCACUCCAUGCUUGCGUCAGCCAGCCGCUGAACGAGCCCAAUCUGGCAUUUCGUCCUCUGUUGAGGGACGAUUUCUUCUUGAUCGAAUACGUUUUUCUGAGUUGAGAGACAACCUGCUAACGCACAACAUGAGUGGAACCACCCAACAGACAGAGGAGAAAGAUCCACUGUAUAUAUCUGAAGCACACGGUGAUGAUGAAUCAGGCGAUGGCAGUGAGCUGAAGCCAGUCAAGAGUUUACUACAGGCGAUGCGGAUAGCUGCCGAAGAACCCUUCCCUCUAUUCUACGGUGAUGGCAAAGAUGGAGAGAAGUGGACCCUAGUGUCUCAGUCGCAGUUUAAGAAGGUGCGGAAGAUCUGGGUACGGGAGCAGUUUAAGAACACCGAGCGAACGCAGAAAGAAGCCGAAGAUGAUGCGCGACGUGAGAAGAACAUUGAAGAAGCGAAGAAGGUGAAGAUACAGCUUGAUCCAUCUUUACCAGAUGCGGUCAAGAUCAAGAUCCGUGAAGCAAAAGGUCAUCGGGGCAAACGUGUACACCUGUUUGGCUGGGUUCAUCACCUACGAAGGCAGGGCCGCUCACUCAUGUUCAUCCUGCUCCGGGAUGGCACGGGUUUUCUCCAAUGCAUUCUCACGGACCAAUUGUGUCACACGUACGAGGCCCUUGUAUUGACUACGGAGUCAUCAGUCCACCUUUAUGGAGAGCUUCGUCCUGUGCUUGAAGGCAAAACAGCACCCGGUGGCCAUGAGCUUCAUGUCGACUAUUGGGAACUUGUUGGAGAUGCUCCGGCUGGAGGCAUCGACAAUGUUCUCAAUGAGGAAUCUCACGUUGACAUUCUGCUAGACAACCGCCACUUGGCACUGCGGGGAGACACGCUGUCUAAAAUAAUGACUGCCAAGUCGGCUGUGAUGCACGCCUUCCGAGACUACUUCUUUAGCAACCACUAUGUAGAGGUCAUCCCGCCAACCAUGGUGCAGACGCAGGUGGAAGGGGGCUCAACGCUGUUUGCAUUUGACUACUUUGGGGAACAGGCUUUCCUAACACAAUCCUCGCAGCUGUAUUUGGAAACAGUUGUGCCUGCUCUUGGAGAUGUAUUUUGUGUGGCUCAGUCCUACCGAGCAGAGCAGUCUCGAACCCGGCGCCAUCUGUCUGAGUUUACGCACAUUGAGGCAGAGUGCCCCUUCCUGACCUUUGAUGAGUUCAUGGACAAGAUAGAAGAUUUGGUGGUGGGCGUGUGUGAACGCAUCCUCAAAUCUCAUGCUGCUCCCAUUGUGCUUGAGCUCAACCCUGAGUUUGCUGUUCCAGAGCGGCCUUUCUUGAGGCUACAGUACUCGGAGGCAAUAGAGUACCUACGUGAACACAAGAUCACCAAAGAAGAUGGCUCCUUCUAUGAGUUUGGCGAGGACAUUCCAGAACUUCCGGAGCGCCAAAUGACAGACAAGAUCAACAGGCCGAUCCUUCUGUGCCGCUUUCCUGCGGAGAUAAAGUCCUUCUACAUGCAGCGGUGUGCUGACGACCCCCGCUUGACAGAGUCGGUUGAUUUGUUGAUGCCUGGCGUUGGAGAGAUUGUGGGUGGCUCCAUGAGAAUCUGGGAUUAUGAGGAGCUGCUCAAGGGCUACCAGCGAGAAGGUAUUGAUCCAAGUCACUACUAUUGGUACACGGACCAGCGGCGAUACGGCACCUGCCCACACGGUGGCUAUGGCCUGGGAUUCGAACGCUUCCUCACCUGGGUGCUCAAGCGCAACCACAUACGCGAUGCUUGCCUCUACCCACGUUUUGUGGGCCGCUGUAAGCCAUGAUUUUACACACAAGCUGCAUAAAGAAAUGGCUUAUGUCUUCCAA